AUGGGCGGAAGUUCGGCAUUGGUCGAGAAGAAUUCUGGUGGUGGUCAAGAAGAACUCAGGCGGUGGUCGAGAAGAACUCCGGCGAUGGUUAGGAAGAAUUUCGGCGGCAAUCGGGAAGAACUCUGGCUGCAGUCUAGAAGAACUCUAGUGACAGUCGGGAAGAACUUUGGCGGUGGUCGAUGGCAAGAGAGCUCAGGGUCAGGUUCUGUUGAUGCAAAAGUUGGGGUUAACAAACCAGAAUUGCUGCCUAAGGAGUUUAGCUCCGUGAUCGAUGUUGCUGGCUUUCUCUCUGCAGGCCAGGAGAAUAGACUCCGUCAAGAGAUUGCAGACCUUGAGGAGGAAACAGGAUUUAAGCUGCGUGUACUUGCACAAAAUUAUCCUGAAACACCAGGAUUAGCAAUUAGAGACUUUUGGCAAGUGGAUGACAGAACCAUCGUCUUUGUUGCUGAUCCCACCUUCGGCAAUAUAUUGAAUUUCAAUGUCGGUGCCACUGUUGACUUGGACAUACCUAGAAGUUUUUGGAGUCGCUUAGCUGGAAAAUAUGGCAAUAUAUUUUACUGGAAAGAAAAGGGUGAAGAUGCAUCUGUUGAAGCUGCAGUAAAGGCAAUAGCAAUUUGUUUGAGAGAACCUGUUGGAAGAGAUAACUGUUCAGAGGUGAAGUAACACUUCCUAUAUUCUGUGGGGCAUUUGGGACAAUUUAGAAGCUCUCAAAUGAUGGCACAGUAAUGUUAUUUUGAUUUAUGAAGUUUUUUAACAAAGCUGAAUAUUUUAUAAGGAUAAAUUUUUAAAUCUGCAAUUGGAUUUCAUUUAUGAUAUACAA